AUGUGCCCCGGCGACCGACCAACAGUGGGUCAAUUCGCAUCGUGGAUGUGCUACGGUCCUCCGCCCAAUGUCUUCCACUUUAAUGCCGCCAUCAGCGCCUGCGACAGCAGCGGCUACUGGGAAGGUGCAGUUAUGCUUCUGCAGCAGAUGGCCUUCUUCGGCGUUCUGCCCGACGUGGUCAGCUUCAACACGGCCAUCAGCGCAUGCGGGCGCCAAAAGCAUUGGCAACCUGCCUUGGACUUGCUUCGCCAGAUGCCCACCCACAAUUUGCAGCCCAACGUGGUGAGCUACGGUGCGGCCAUCGAUGCUUGCGCCCGCGCGGGGCGCGUUCAGGAGGCCGUGGCGUUGCUCGAUGAGAUGUCUGGGGAAGGAAUCGAGCCGAACCUCAUCGUCUUCAACGCGGCGCUUCAUGCCACAAAGAUCGCCGGCGACUGGGAGGUGUCACUGCAGCUGUUGGACAGGCUACGAAACGCCGGGCUUCGCCCAGACGUGCGCAGCUUCGCCGCCGUCUUCGGCGCUUUGGGCCGAGCCGGCCGGGAAGAGGAGGCUGAGGCACUGCUGACGACCAUGGCAGAUCAGGGUCUCACUCCAGAUCAAGGCUGCCGCGCGGAAGCCCUGGGUGCCCUCGGCUGGCAGGAGGCGCUAGCCUGGCUGAGGCGUUGGGAGCUGGAUGCACAAGAAGGUAGGGAGGCGCCUCCCGACGUGGUGUGUCUGGCGGCUGCGACAGGGGCCUGCGCCAAAGCAGCGCGAUGGAAGGAGGCCCUGGACCUCUUGGACUUUGCGUUGAUCGCAUCUUCGGGGGCGCAGCCACCAGUGCCGAAUGCCUUUUGCUACAACUCGGCCAGCAACGCAUGCGCCCGCGCAGGGAAGUGGCAGUAG